AUGGGUCGCUACAUACCCAACGCGUUCAACCUGCUGGUCGUCAUCUACGUCGCCCUCGGCUCAACCGCCUGCUCCUACGGCCUCGCCAUCCUAGGCUCCACAAUCGGGCAACCCUCCUUCUACACCUCCCUCGCCCUCGCCCCACAAGGCACGCCGGACUACUCACGCACCGCGAACCUGAUCGCGGCCUUCAACGGUGUCAGCAGCGGCGGCGCGGCCCUCGGCGCCCUCUACAAUUCCUGGUCCACGAAUGCCCUGAGCAGAAAACAUACGAUCCAGAUCGGAGCGGCGAUUCUGAGCGUUGGGGCGGCGCUGUGCGCGGCGAGUGUCAAUGUGGGCAUGUUUAUCUUUGCGAGGCUGUUUGCGGGGUUUGGGAUCGGGGUGUUGGUUACGUGUAUUCCUAUGUAUCAGGCGGAAGUGAGUACCCCUGAGACGAGGGGAUUCAUGGUGAGUAUGCAUGGGAUCAUGUUCGCGGUGGGAUACGGGUUGUCUUCGUGGAUUGGCUUUGGGGUGUACUUCAUCUCUGCGUCUGGCUCGGAUUCGACGUUCCCCUGGAGGUUUCCGCUUGCCUUCCAAGCUGUGCCUGCGUUGAUGCUGCUUGCAGGGUCAUACUGGCUGCCCUACAGUCCACGAUGGCUCAUGCAAAAAGACCGCUUCGACGAAGCCUCAGCCGUCAUCAAACGCCUGCACUCGCGCAAAGGCGACGAGCAGCACACGCAAGCCCUCAAAGAAUUCCACCAGAUGAAGCGCCAGCUCGAGCAGGACCGCGCGCUGCAGGGCAAGAUCUCGCGCUUCGAGGUCUUCAAGACGGCACCCAACCGCCGACGGGCGGCCAUCGCGGCGGCGAUGAUGUGGUUUAAUAUGUUCACGGGGGUCCUCAUCAUUGCGAACUAUGCGGUGAUUAUCUUUACGGAUCUGGGGCUUAGUGGGUAUAUGCCCCUGUUGCUGCUGGCGUUGUGGAUUACGCUUUCGUUCCCGGGGAAUGUCUUCACGGCUCUGUAUGUUGAUCGAUGGGGCCGCCGCACCUUCAUGCUCAUCGGCACCAUCGGCCUCACCAUCUCGCUCUUCUUCGAAUGCCUCCUCCAAGCCCUCUACACCAACACAACCAACACCUCCGGCCAACAAGCCGCCAUCUUCUUCAUCUUCCUCUUCAUCGUCUUCUGGAGCUCCUGCUUCGACGCCACGCAGUACCUCUACAUGGCGGAGAUCUGGCCGACGGCGAUAAGGGGCCAGGGCACGGCGGUGGGCAUGUUCAAUCAGUUCGCCGCGCAGGUGGUGAUUGGGGUCGCCGGGCCGAUUGCGCUGGAGAAGAUUGGGUGGAAGUUUUUUCUUGUCCUCCUCAUCCCCACGGCGCUGUACAUCCCCGUGAUAUACUUCUUCUUCCCGGAGACGAUGAACCGGUCGCUGGAGGAUAUCAAUGCGCAAUUUGGGGAGGAUGUCGCUGUGCAUUACUAUGGCGCGACGGAGGAGGAGGAGAGGGAGUAUGCCAAGGCGAUUGAGAAGGAGGAGGGGAUGCAGCAGCCGGGUGUGGUGGGAAGCGAGGAUAAGGCUGGCGUGCAGAUGGUUGAGAUGGCGACGAAGGGUUGA